GCAUCGAGGUCGCGUUUAUCGUGUUUGGCUGGCAAGUGCCAGGUUCAGCAUUAUGGAGGAUCCUGGACCCCGAGACGAGAUAGACCCUCAUCGAUCAACCACUGCACAGGGAUUGUGUAGGCGGCUCAUUCCGGGAUAAAGGAGUGUUUUCAUGUAUCCUGCCAUAAAGAGCCAGUGAGUGAGCUGCAGAGGAGGCGGUGUUUGCUGGGCUUCAAUCAGAGAUGGAGUCACUGCUGGUAGGUUAACGAGAAGAGACGGGCGUGAGGAAACUGUGAAGUCUACUAACUAACUAACUAACUAACUAACUAACUAACUACCGCAUUGAACUGAGUGACAACAAUGAAUAAAUUGGUGAUUACGAGCCGGUUCGAUCAGCCUGAGCGAAUCGGAACAGGCUGGGCUUAUCAAGAGUGAAGUCUGCUCCCAUCUGUUGACAUCACCGCCCGGCGGCGAUGUCCGCUUUCUGCUUGGACCUGCAGACGUCUGCCGUGGUUUCAGCACCACUAGAGCUGGACAGCGACUGCAUGGAGCCGCGAGCCAGCCCCGGCGCCCAGGAGCCCGGCGGCUUUCAGGGCCAUCCGCCUCGGCAAGCCGGCUCCGGAGGCCUCGGCACGGCCUUGGAGGAGGAACUGGCCAUGAUUACCGGCGAGCGGGGAGUCGACGAGGAGCUGGCAGACCUGGAGGCGCCAGCAUUGGGGCAUAACGCAGACAUGCUGUUGCUCUUCCGACAGAAAGAAAAGGACUUAGUUUUAGCAGCUAAACUGGGUAAAGCGCUGCUUGAGAGAAACCAAGACUUGACCAAGCAAUAUGAGAAGAUGCACAAAGAUCUCUGUGAGAAGUUGGAGCACUUGGAGCAGGAGAAACACGAGUUACGCCGCCGCUUUGAAAGUCGAGAAGGUGAGUGGGAGGGCCGUGUGGCCGAGUUAGAGACAGAUGUCCAGCAUCUGCAGGGUGAGCUGGAGCGCCACCAGGUCCAGCUGAGGGAGGCGGACAGGGAAAAGACCAAGACCAUCAGCGAACUCUCUGAACAGAACCACAGACUGCUGGAACAACUCAGUAGGGCUGCAGAGGUGGAGAGGCAGCUGUCCACUCAGGUCCAAUCAUUACGGGACGACUUCAGGGAGAAGAGUAUGUCUACAAGCCAGCACAUGACACGACUAGAGACUCUACAUGCUGAGCAAGGGCUCGAAAUUAAGAUGCUGUCGGAGAGGAAGAUGGAGCUGGAGCGCCGGGUGCACGCCAUGAUCGAGGAGAACGAGCUGCUGCAGAACACGGUUGACAACCUCCGAGAGAGGACGCUGGUGCUUGAGAAGCAGCGCCACGAGAAGGACCUUCAGUUGCGACAAAGCCAUUUGGAGCUUCAGGAGGUCCAGGCAUCCCACAGACAACUGACAGCUAAGCUGGCAGAGCUAACGGAGGAGCACAGUCUUCAAACUCUCACCCCCCAUCCGUCCAGCCUGCUAUGUGAGAUAGAGCAGAGCAUGGAGCAGGAGGAGCAGGAGCAGGAGAGGGAACAGCUGCGUCUACAACUGUGGGAGGCCUACUGCGAAGUUCGCUCGCUCUGUUCCCAUCUGAGGGGAAACGAUGUCACAGACUCAGCGCUGUCCACUGACUCCUCCAUGGAUGAAUCCUCGGAGACAUCGUCAGUCAAGGAUGUACCUACAGGGAGCCUUCACACCAGCCUGUUAGAACUACGGAGGCUAACACAGAAUCUGCUGGAUGGAAAUGAGUCUACGGGUUCUCGGCGCAGUGAUGAGGAGGCUCUGGAGGAGCAGCUUAGGAAGUUAGGAGAAGAACUGCAGGAGGUCAGAGAGCUGUAUGAAUCGGAGCAGCACAAAACACGCAGCAAUGAAGAGGAGCUGCUGCAGCUGCACAAUCAGAUGGCGCUGCUGUCCGUUGAGAUUUGCUCUCUCCGGGAAGAGAACGAGCGAAUGAGGGCGAUGGCAGAUGUCCGAGAACCCAGUGAGCAGCUCCAGAGUGCCAUCAGAGACAGGGACGAAGCCAUUGCCAAGAAGAAAGCUGUGGAAAUGGAGUUGGCUAAAUGUAAAAUAGACAUCAUGUCUCUAAACAGCCAACUUCUGGACGCCAUCCAGCAGAAGCUCAACCUGUCACAGCAACUGGAGGCUUGGCAGGAUGACAUGCACAGAGUGAUUGACCAGCAGCUGAUGGACAAGCACCAGGAUGAGUGGCGCUCGGUCCAUGCCUCGCUGUCCGGGUCAUCAAGGAGUCAGUCCCCAAGACGAGCUCGCCGCAUCUCUGAUCGGGACAAGAGACUUUUCUCUUUUUUCAAAAAGAGCUGAGCCCUGUUGGACUGACCCAAAGCACAGUAGAGAUACACAGAGAAAGACGAGGUGAGGGACAUGGAGGGAGUCCAUGGGUAUCAGCACAGCCAAAGACAGGCAGUGGUACACGCUGAUGUUUGAGGGUGAGGAUCAUUUUGCACUUUAUCUGUCCCAUAUCUCUGCUCCUUGCUGAAUGAAAAUAAAUGAAUGAAAAGAACAAAACUUCCCAGAGGCUUUGGCUCAGCACCUCGACCCCCCCCCAAACGAGUGCUUGCUUUCUGGUCUUACAGAGCAGGACAGGGUCACAAAGUUUACCUCCAUAGAGGAAGGUUUCCUUGCUUGUGAAUGAAGUGUAGUGCCUACAAACCCCACUGCCAACUCUGUAGAGGUGGAACCCAAUGUUACAGUAUGCAUCCUAGUUAUUAUGGUAGAGUUCAGAGUUAGAGAAUGAAGAGAAGGCUGGCAGUGAUUGUCUGAGCACGCACAGUGAUAGGGAGUCUCUCAGGUCUAUUCAUUUGUCAGGGAAAUAUGGGCAACAGCUUUAUCUAAGUAGCAAGGUGUGGUCAACAUAUCUUAUAAAGGUGAAUUCCCAAGCAGGUUAAGCGGAAUAAAAGGAUAAUUUUCCAUUCAUCCAAGCAUUCAUCAACAUUGGGGACAAAUUAUGGGCAUUUUGAAAAUUAUAUAAAUAAAAGAUCAAAACAAAACGUCUUUCUUAAAGAAAGAAAUCUCUGAACAUUUUAGCUAUGUUAGCUAUUUGUUUCAAAUGCAGCAGAUUUUAAACUGAGUUUAUUUGCUGUAAUUAGGACAACUCUGGUUUGCUAAAACACGCAAUUCCAAAACAUUUUUUCUCGCAAAACAAUUAAAGAAAAGAGAAUAUGUUUAUUAAAUUUCACCAUCCUCAGCAUGUUUACUUCAAAACAAUCAAGGUAUGUUUCAAUGACUUGCGGCUUUUUGCAAUACUGUUGAAAGUGAAAUGUUACAACUGACCCAGUUUGCUGCAUCAGACUCAGGGGUUAGUUGUAACCCUUGCAGAAAAACUCUGCAGGGUCUUAAAAAGUAUUAAAAAGUCUUCAUUUUAUUUACCUCUAUUUUAGUCUUAAAAGGUCUUAAGCCACAUUCCCCAUUUCAUGUUAAGCUGGUGCCUUUGUUCAAUCAUUGCUACCUGCUUUGAGUUUUCUUUUUCAUCUAUGGCAUUUAUUUAUUGCAGAUGCUAUAAUUCUGGCUGGCAAAUAUAGGUAUUGUUACACUCUGACUAAAGUACAAAGCACCUUGAUUCAGGGCAGUAAACAGCCCUGUUAGAAGGAACUUAAGGCCAAACAGCCUCAUGGUGGACCUCUGGAAAAAUCCUCCUCCGAAACCUGUCCUCUUAUAGUUUAUUUAGGGACAUAAAUCAAAAUGCUCCUAUUAGUUAUGUAUGACCAGAUCCUUUGUCAUGAAAAAGUUGUAAAUUUAACAAAGUUUGGCUUGAAAUUAGGGAUUUUAUUCACAGACUGAAACCAUUAGUUGCAGUAAUGAAAAAUAUUCUAUCCUGUAUUUGAAGCAGUUGAAGCUUGAUAACCCCACAGGACUGGAAUCACAACGUCUAUUCAAUGUACUUCUAUUUUUAACUAACUAAAAUGUAAGCUAUUAGUUUAAAAAGUUAUUCUGUCUAAAAUCUGAUUUAUAAUGGUCUCAAAAAGCCUUCAGUUUAACUAGAACCCUAAAUGCUGUACCUGAGUGUUCAUUCAUUCAAUUCAAAUCUAUCUAGACUCCAUUUGAGACGCUGUAUUAAACUGCCCAUUAACCCCCUUUUAUCUAUUUAUCAUGACUCGAUAAUACAUAGAUGGUUAAUGACCAUAUGUAUCUGUUGAUUCGUUGCUUCUUAUGUAUAAUGAGUUAAGUCUCCAUAUUUCACAAUUUAAACCAGAACAGUAAAACUUGUCCAUUUUCUACCAUUCACCUGUUUAAAAAUACUUGUAUUGAUUCUUUCAUCUAUUAAUUUUUUUAUAAUUAUUAUUCUAUUCAUUUAUUUUUAUAAAAGAUAAUUAUUCCUUUAUUUAGUAACUUGAUUCCUAUUCGUUUUAAUGUGCUUUUUCCUGUUGAACCUCUAAUAUAGUGUUUUAUUAAAUACUACAAUUGAUUCAUUCUUAGUAGGCUUAAUUGGAACAUUCUGUAACAGCUUACCCCAACGUAGUAAAUUAGGAUUGCUAUGUUUUUCAAGUCUGUCCUAAUUUGCAGGCAGAAAAACUUUACUAUAUACCACAAAUACCAUCAGUGGAUCAUCCAUUGAGGUCGGCAUUUGGAAAUUCAGAAUUGCGAAGAAAGAAAAAUCUUUCGCCACGCUGAAACCCUCAGCUCAAAUAGGUCUCGGUUGAAGCAAAAGAAGGAAAAUGAAACGACAGCUUUUCAGUUUGUGCUGUGUUGUGUGUAGCUCAAGAAACUCUUCAUGCCCGCCCCUGACAGAUGAAUAAACCUUUGUUUGGGUGGUAGAACCUUUUAAACCUCUCUUGUUGGUAUUGUUUUCCAACUGUUCACAUCAUAGAAAAUUUACAAGUUAUGUACAUCAGCCUGACAAGGAGUUAGAACUUACCAUUAAGAAACAUAGCUGCAAAUUUUAUUUGCUAAAAGGCAUGUCAGUGUACCACAACUCCACUAAACCUCCUUUGCAGUUGUCAGCAUCCAAUUUGAAGGUUUGCAUUCAGUCCUAUUAGAGAUAGUCUACCUCCAUUCUUUAUGCUUCAAUGCUUCAGAGGCACUUUGAUUUCUUAGCUUGCGGGCUUCCACACUGGGGGACAUAUCUGACUCCAUUAGUGAAACAGAAUGAGGUGAGCUCAGAUCUUUGAGCACGGAUGAUUUUCAGUGUGGCACAUUACUGUCUCAUCUCUGUCUGUUUGAGCUUAUGUUUAAUGAAGCUGUGCAAACCUAUGCAGAUGUCUUCACGUCAUCUCAGCUGGUUGUUGGGAAGGAUCAACCCAAAGAAUGAUUUUUAUAAAAAUGACAAAUCGGUUUGGAUGAAACUGAUAUAUUUAUAAGAAAAAGUAUACUUUUUUGACUGAAAAUCUUUUUGUAGAAAUACAUAUAUCUGUAUAAUGUCGAUGAGUUUGGUCAACUGAAAUUAAUUUAAUGGAGCAGGCAUCUUUUGCUUUCUUUUUCUCUCUUUUUUUGUGGUCUGGUGCUGCACGAUGAGUAAAAUUUCAUAAAACUUCAUAAAACUUCAGCUUCAUUCAUAUUCUUUACAAAUAUGAGAAAAUGUACUGGACCUAAAAAAGGAACAAAUAAGUUUCACUGAAAGUUACAGACCAUAUUCUCUAAAAAGUCUGCAUUUCUAAAUGGUCCUUAAAAUAUAUUUACCUCUGUAAUGGUUUGUAAACAGCUGCUGUUUACUUUAUAAUUCUUAUAAAAUAGUUAAAGAGAAAAUGAAGAAAGUCCCUUUGGUAAAGGGUUGUAAACAGCUCGCUAGCCUUUGUAUAUUAGCAUCAUUAUGAAUGUUACCACCUACACUCAAAGCUUUAAAACUGUAGUGCUUUGAUGUUUCAGGGAUAAAGCCUGGCUAGCUGUCUUCCUGGGUUUACAGCAAAGCUAGGCUAGCUCAGUUAAACACAAAGGCCGCUGUUACGAAUAAACAACACUAAAAGUUAAGCAUGGUCAUUUAUGGGGCCUGUGAUUUUCACCUUUUAGGAAGCAAAUAUUUCAUUUGUUAUUGGUAAUAACAUAAAAUUAAAAGGCGGUUCAAGAUUUUUGGAACUGAGGUUCUGUUAAAAAUAUAUAAGCAGUCAAUAUCUUAUCUGCGGUAGAUAACUUUCUGUGUCUCCAUUAAGCAUAAAUCGAGAUCACUUGGUCCUAGAAGACUGAAGCUAACGGUCAGUCUGGAAAGAGGCAAGACCAAAGCUGACUUCUACCUCUAUCUCUAUCUCUUUGUCAAAUUACAAAACCUUUGAAGCUGUUUCGCGAAUACUUUUUAAUUGACCUCUAAGCCGCUGGAAUGGUCAUUUACACAGAUAAUUAUUUACAAAGGAACUAGAGAUAGGAGGCCGUGCAACAACAAUUAUCGGCCUCUGUGAGGUAUAUACUGAGAACAGAACAUGUAAAGCUUUUUUCGGUACACAAGUACCUAAUAAAAAGGUAAGGUAUAACAAAUAAAAAUAGUGUCCACUAAAACUGCUGUAACAUUUUUCCUUUUUAUAUCACGCAGUUCCUCGGACUGGAACUAUUGACAUGCUCAGUUUUCAGUGCCCACUGGCACUGCACCGUAUGCAACUUCCAUUUUGGGUCUAAAUAAUCAACUUUUUUUUUAAAGGUCCAUCGCAUUCACAUAAACCUCUGUGAUGUUUUUGAAAUAAAAUUAGUUUUAAGACGUCAGGAGUUUCCUUUGAUCUUGGCUGUUCUUGAACUAGCCAUUAACUUUACCAUCUAAGAUCAAAUAAUCUGGAUGUGUUAGUAAAUGAAGACACAGAAAGACAAAUGUACUGCAUGUAAAUUAAUAAGUACAUUUAACACAACUUCACUACAGAAAUCAACAGUCCCUUUAAAGAGCCUUUUCAAGAGAAAAGAAAUAAACCAGCAGAUUACUUCCAGGGCUUAUUCAAAACAGUGAUCAAUCACUUGAUGUAAGAAAUUAUUCACAUAAGCUAGAUUAUGUUAGAGUUACGAUUAUCAAUAUUGUCCAGGUAAGACAGUUUCCUACAAAAACUGGAAACUAUUUCUCUUUAAGGUAAAGCUUGAUGGCAAAUUUAGCCCAAUUAAAAGAAACUGUACCUUUAAACAGGAAUUCAUGGCAUAAUGUAAUACUAGCAAGCAGAAAUGAUCACAUCCAUAUUCACUGUCAGUGUUUUUAUGUUGCGAAUGACAGUAGCUUAUUUCCAUUUUAAAUAUUAAAAAAUAAAUAAAUAAUAAAAAUAAAUAAAUAGCUGACACUGAUAAAACAUGUUGGAGUCAGUUCUGGGAUUGAUAAGCCCUACCAGAACCAAACUUGAGUUCACAUAUGUUACAAAAUCAAACUGUAUCAUAUUUGAUUCUGUUGACAUAAUUCUGAUGUAAAUGGUGUCUCUGUUUCCUGGUUGACUUUGUCUCUGCCACUGCAGACUGAAUGAAUUCAGUCCCCAUCUAAAAAACAUGUGUGUGUCUCUCUGUGUCUGGCUGGACAUCCUGAUGCUGCCACCAUAGAUUUAAGUGUGUGUUGCAGUGGCAGGCACAGACAUCCUACUGAGUGUGUUUCUGUUACUUGUCUGUCUUUGGUCGGAUGUUUUUUUGGAAUCUAGUGGUUUUCGGUGGGCUCAUUGUGCUCCGUGUGAGUGCUUCCAUUCACCACUGACUAACGGCACUGUUUUAGUUACAAAAUACUUCAAACUAUUCAAAAUAUUUUUCAUGCAAUUUUCUUAGCAUCCUUGUUUUGUACGAAUAAACUCUUUACAAUC